AUGGCACCGUCAGCCACAGAGACAGCCCCGGCCAAGAAUGAAGUCGAUGAUAUCCAGGUGAAGAAGCUGGCCAUCAGCGAGAAACCUGCUGCGCCCGGCUUGGAGCAGACAGAGGAGCCGCUGCCCGAGCUGCGGACUGGCCACCGCGAAGCCCUGAAACUCAGUGGUGCCCUCGACAAGUACGAGCACAUCGAGGUGACGCCCGUCAUUGGUCGAGAGUACGUCAACGUAAACCUGGCCGAGCUGCUCAGGGCACCCAACUCUGACGAUCUCAUCCUCUCGCAACGCGGUGUCGUCUUUUUCCGCAAGCAGGAUGACGUGACGAAUGAUCUCCAGAAAGAGCUUGUCCAGCGUCUGGGCGAGCUCUCGGGCAAGCCAUCGACAUCGAAGCUGCAUAUCCACCCGAUCAACAACGCAGGCCGCGGCGAUGACAAGGACGACGAGAUCAGCGUCAUCUCGAGCGAGCAGGCCAAGAGGCUCUACCUGCAUCGAUUCCUCAACUACAACAAGAAGCAGAGCCAGAAGUCGCAGUGGCACUCGGAUAUCACGUUCGAGCCCAUUCCGAGCGAUUAUCCCUGCUCCGACUUACCCAACACGCUUUGGGCUUCGGGCUACGAAGUCUACGACCGCAUCUCGGCGACCCUGCAGGGUUUCCUCGACAGCCUGACGGCGACGUACGCGCAGCCGGGAUUCAACGAGGCGGCCGACAAGAACGGCUUCAAGAUCUACAGCGCCGAGCGCGGCGCGCCCGAGAACGUCGGCGAGCUGCUCGAGGCGAUCCACCCGGUCAUCCGCACGAACCCCGUGACUGGCUGGAAGAGCGUCUUCGCCGUCGGCCACCACGUGCAGAAGAUCAACGGACUCUCGGACGAGGAGUCGAAGCAUUUCCUCGCGUGGUUCGUGCAGCUCAUUGUCGAGAACCACGACCUGCAGGUGCGAUACAAGUGGAAGGACGUCAACGACGUGGCCAUCUGGGACAACCGGUCGGUGUACCACGCUGCCACGCCGGAUUACCUGUUUGAGAACCUCGGAGAGAGGCAGGGGUCGAGGGCUGUGAGCUUGGGCGAGAGGCCUUAUUUCGACCCCCAGAGCACUAGCCGUAGGGAGGCCAUCAAGGCAGAAGUGCUUGCUGAUGCUGGGCAUGAGAAGGCGGCGCAGUGA